UUUGCUCGAAAACAGUCUCUGAUCCACUCGCUGUUUACCUCCUCUCUCCCUCCUCUCCUGUGGGUUGGAACCCGCACCUUCGCGCACCGGUGUGACGCGAUCAAAAUUCUGCUGAGUUUGGUAGCCAGACUCGGUUCCAUGUUUGAAAUGUGUUUCCCUACCGCUCCGCACGGCAGCGGCAAAAUAACGUUUAGCGCUCAUAACAAGCGGAUUCUCAGCGUUUUGCGCACACGAAUUGUGAGCUGCGUUGUGAUUUUGCACUACUUAGAUGUAGCCAUCCUUACGCUGACAAAAAUGUAACUAAGUUACUUUUACUUUUUACUUUUACUUGAGCAAACAUUUAGGCAAGUACUUUUACUUGUACUUGAGUAAAAAAAUUAUCAAAGUACUGGUACUCGUACUUAAGUAGGAAAUUUCUGUACUUUUUCCACAUAGUAUCAUUUACAUACCUGGGAGACUUGACGGGUAUGAGAAGGUACAAACAUUGAUGCACCAACAUCAUCUCUGAAAGCUGCAUCAAAACAUUUUACAGUAUGUAAAUCUAAACAAAGCUCAUAAAAGCCCAUAAAAUAUGAGGCAUCAAAGUUACCACGGUAAAUAGAAAACCAUUUACAGUUCAUCACACAUGUUGGGUGCUGCAUGACCACAGGUGGAGAUGAACAGAUCACCUGUCCAGUUGUAGUCUACCUCCCACCUAGAGGAGGGAGAAGGUGUAAAAGAUGGAUGGAUGUUUAGCUGGACUUGGUGCUCCAGAUUUAUGAAGUUCACUGAAACGUUUUUGUGACCCUCUCGUGGUCCGUGUUUAAUGUGGGCUUCAGUGGUUUCACAGCAGACGGAUUUAUGGGGACAAGAAGAGGGUCCGUCUAGAGCCAGAAGACAAACCCGUCUCAUCUGAUCCACCCAUGCGCCAAAAAUGAUUUAGUUACAAUUAGCAGAGACACGUCUCAGCAUUUUACUCUGGAAGUGCUGAUUUCCUGGCAGCAGUUAGUCACUCACAAAAUGGAACAGGAUGUGAGUCUAAGUUUGUGUGUGUGUGUGUGUGUGUGUGUGCGCACAUGUGUGUAGGAUGAGACAAAUGAAAGUGGUUUAUCUUCAGGUAGAAAGCAGGUUAGAGUGCGUUUCCACUGCAGACGGUCUUAUUCACAGACAACGGAUGAGUGUGUGAGCAGAAAGUCACAUUUACACCCGCCAUUAUUGCCGCUUUCUGUGCAACUGGAGAAGAUCACAGCUGGAGUCUUUGUCGUCUUUUCAUGAGUUUGAAAAUUUUCCAGAAGCAAACAGCAUGAACUCCGUUUCUCAGACACUGCAAGAUCAGGUCUGCGAACUGCUGAAGCCUCACAGAAUCUGUCUGGUGAUGCCGAUUCAUCUCCAACAGUCCAACCAGCAUGGUGGGAGGACAACCAGCAGGUUUGUGGUACUGAGUCUCUGGAGAGGUUACCUGGUGACUAACAAGCAACCACUGCGGGUGGAGAGCACGUUCAGCUACCUGGAGAUUUCUUCCAUCAACAUCCAUGGACUCACAGAAAUUGUGUUGGAAACAGAGAGGCAGAAUCUGUCUUUCAGCAUGCUGCACAAUGAAGAUCUGGAGUCCAUGAUCUGUCACAUCACUGCAUCACUGAAGAGAAUUUUCCCAGAUUCUUCUCCAGGGAAGCUGUUAAGGACAAAUCCUGCGGAGCUCCAGGAGCGACUCAUCAUGCUGACCGAUGUGUUAGAGGAGCAGCUGAGGCAUCGGCUGGGGCCUUGUGGAGGAUUCUCUGAUUCUUAUGCUGCUCUUUGUGAUUUCAAUGAAACACCAAUAAGAGAGGAGAUUCAGUGGGAUGUUGACAACAUCUACCACAUACACAACCAGAGGAUGUUCAACCUGCUCGACUUCAGUCACUUAGACAGCAGAGACCUGGCCUUGGCCGUGGCAGCUUUGUCCUUCAACCAGUGGUUUACUCAAAUCUACUGCAAAGAGCUCAAACUGCCAUUCGACAUCCAACAGCAGCUGAUGAUCCUGCUGUCUAAAUCUCAAAGUAUUCAAGAGGUCUCGCUGGAGAACUGUGGAUUGAAAGCAGACUUUGCAAUCAAAAUGUCAGCUGCUCUGAAAGAACACUCAUCAUCCUCUCUGCAACUCGUCAAUCUUUCAGGCAAUCCUAUUGAAGACAAAGGUGUCAUCGCUUUAAGUCUGGAGUUUGAGCAUCUGAACGAGGGACUGAGGCACCUCUCUCUGAGUCAUGUGUCAAUGACUGCUAAGGGUCUCGGCUGCCUGAGUCAGGUGUUAUCUUCCACACAGCAGUUCUUCAAGUCUCUGACACAUCUGGAUUUGUCUGGGAACCCAGGAAGUCUGGCCACUGAAGAAGCCAUGUUCCUCUUCAAAUUCUUGUCCAGUACAAACUCCCUGUCUCAUCUGGACCUCAGUGAUACCACCUGCCCCCUGGACACGUUAUUCGUGUCUCUUUCUGCUGGAUGUUGCUACAAACUGGUUUACCUGAACUUGGCGAGGAAUCCUUUCAGCCACAGAAAAGUGCGAGAGGUGACGAGGAGCAUUCAGGAGUUCUUCAGUAAGAGCUGUGAGCUUAAAUACGUGGGCCUGUCAGCAACCAAACUACCGCCACAAGCUCUCAGGUUAUUGCUGCAGGGUCUGGCGACCAACACUCGUCUCUUUGGUCUGAUGUUAGACGUCAGUAGCUGUGAGCUGCGAUCAGCUGGGGCCCAGGUGAUCCAAGAGCACAUGUCUGAGGCUACAGCGGUUACGAGUCUGGACAUCUCUGACAACAGUUUGGAGAAUGACAUGGUGACGUUGGUUCUGUCCAUGGCUCGGUGUCGGUCACUUCACCGCCUCGCUAUAGGAAGAAAUUUUGCCAUGAAGUCCAGAGCUCUCACCGACCUUCUUCACCGCAUAGCCCAGCUCAUUCAGGAUGAAGAAUGCACCCUGCAGUCUCUUUCAGUGUGUGACUCCAAGCUGAAGGCAGGGAUGCACAUCCUGCUGAGCGCUCUGGGGGGGCAUGCUGCUCUGGCUGAACUUGACAUCAGUGGAAACAACAUUGGAGACACUGGAGCCAAAAUGCUGGCCAAAGCCCUGAUGACUAACACCAGCCUGAGGUCUUUAUCCUGGGACAGAAAUAACGUAACUUGGAGGGGUUUCCAGGACGUGGCAGACGCUUUGGAAAGGAACUUCACAAUGCAGAAGAUAUCACUGCCUCUGAAUGAUAUCACUCAGAGCUACCGCAGCAACCCCAACCGGACAGAAGAAGCUCUACACAAGAUGCAGCAGUGUUUAGACAGAAACGGUCAGAGACGGUCUGGCGGGAUGGAAAUACAGCAAGCACUAAAAAGUCAACAAUCUGAAAAGGUUGUCCAGGGCAUGUGUCAGCAGUUGGAGGACAGCAUUCAGCGCCUGAGCCUUUACAACAACCAGAUGAUCCAGUCAGACCUUCUGACAGCACACGAGGUGCUGCAGAACACCAGAGACUCCUUCAAGCUGCUGGCGUCUUUGUAUGAGGAAAGCAGGAAAUGUACCUCCAACGAGGACUGGCUGAACAACAUUCUGUCUGAAACUGCUGCUGCACUAACUCAGGAGGUCACAAACAACUUACAGGAACUAUGUCAGGAGCAGAUGAGACACGCAGCAGAAGUGUGUCCACGGGCGGCCCAAGGGUCCGGUGUCUACAAGUCCCUGUCUGAGUGUGUGUCCAGAACAAGCAGGCAGGCACAAAUAUUCCUGAGGAGCACACUGGUAGGAGCCACAGGGGGGAUCAUCAGCGCCAGACUCAGAGAUAUGAGACAGACUCUGACAGUGACUCUGGCUGAAAGCAUCGUGGAGCAGUUACUGCAGGACCUGAGCACCAUGCAGGACAAAAUGGACAACCUCCUUAAAGAAAAUCCCUUCAACACUCAAAGAACCAUAAUCCCAGAGCUCCGACUGAUGGAUGGGGACUUCCCAACUGAUGAUUACACUCCAGCGUUCUGGAGGAAAGGCCUUCUGUCCAAAAGCCUGAGGCCUGCCACUUCCAUCAAAAGUCUCUUGAAUGCAGACUGUGUAUCACAAACCAAGGACAGGAGAGAGGGAGACGGGGGAGGAGCUCCUGCAGAUGAUGACAGAAAAGGAAGGUGUGUCCUCUCACAGUUACCAACAGCAACCACUCUACCACUGACAGCCUCUUGUCCCUCCCCUUCCUCCUGUACUUCCUUGGCCCCCUCCCCCCAAGUACAGAGGGGGAGGAGGCGGACGGAGGGGGAGGUGGAAACAGUGGAUGCAGCAGGAGCAGCAUCAGAAGAUACAGGAGCAUCUCUCAACCCCUCUCCCAGUCCCACCCCCAUUUACUCCUUCUGCUCUCGAGAACCAAAAGAGGAGGCAGCUGGCUGCAGAGGCCUGCACGGCCCAGAGGCGCCGUUUCCCCGCUGCAAAGGUCCCCUCCCUGGCUUCCAAUCCUCCGCUUCACCCAUGGAGCCUCUACCCACCCAGGGACAGACGCUCAGGCACUACACCGCCUCCCGACCACGGCCUCAACGCACACACAGGCAGCCUCCUUCAUACAGGCCUCAGGAGCUGGUGUCAGAGGAGAAGGAUGAAGCCAAUGAGGCCAUGGGUAGAGUAGAUGAAGGAGUAGAAGAAUUCUUCACCAAGAAAAUUAUCUCUGACUAUGCACCAAAAGGCCAGUGGGAGGAGUCAAACCCUGCCCAAGCCACUUCCCCAGAGUCCAGCCCCACCCCUUCAUCCACCAUUCCAUUCUCCUCUCCAUCUGACAUUGUCACACCCUCCGCCACCACUGUCACCUCCCCUUGUGUUGAGUCUGAUGAGUCAUUUCCAUCUCCUGAUGCUCCCACCCUCUGCACCACCCACCCCAUCUCCACCACUAUCACAGUCCCCACCAAAAAUAUAAAGAAAAGGUUUGGUGAUUUCUUCGCCUUCAAGAGAGCUCGGGUUGGCCGAGCUGCCAAGGCAGGAGGCGAAGAUGAUACAGGAGUAGAGGUGGUGAAGGUCAAAAAGUCUUCCAUUGCAGACCUCAUCCGACCCCUCCGAGAGGCCAAAGAAAGAGAGAGGGACAAGGACAGAAAGAGGGAGAGGGGGAAGGGGUCAGAGGACGAUGCUAAUAUUUUUUAUGAUACUGCUCUCAAAGAAGAAACUGCCCUCACCGGCUGCCAUCUUGAAAGCUAUGUCAGGGAAAAGAUACCACCUGCCAAGGCUUUAACCACGGCAACACAGCUCCGUGAGACUCCUCCCUCUUAUCCUACCAUCACCACAAGCCCUGACCUCACCGCUCCUGUGCACCGCAAACUGGAAAAUGCAGCAGUUCCUGUUGUGUCAAGUCACAAAACCAGUCCUGAAGUGAUUUCCCCUCUAACUGAGCAGGAGAUGCUGUCAAGAGGGACUUCGAAUGGACAGAAGAGACUGAGAGUGACCAAGAGACUGAGGGAGGGCAAGAGCCAGAGUCUCAUCCUGCUGACAGGAUUAGAACCUGAGGACAAGGACAACACACCCAGUAAGAAACAUGCAUCAGAGAACACCUCCAGUUUUGAGCAGAAGCUUCAGGUGAUGCUGCAGAGAAUGAGCGCGGCCAGAAUUCCCCCUGCAUGCAUCAAGCUAUGCCAGAAUCGAGACGAAGAGCUGAGAAAGGCCAGCUCAGAAGGUGCCAUCCUGGACAAGCCCGAACCCCCUCCCACACACACCAAGCCCAGGACCAUGUCCACCCCAUCAGCUGAGCCCAGGAUUGUUCUGAGAGAUCCAAACGGACCAGAACCUCACACUGCAGGACCGCUGCCAUCGGUCCCACCUAAGCCUCCUCUCCCUACCCCGGCUGCCCGUCCCUCUUCUGCUCCUGCUGCCAGCAGUCCAAUGGAGCGGGUUCUGCCAACAGCACAACCUACAUCUCAGAAUGGAAGCCAGCAUGGUGCAUCCCCCACCCUGUCUCCCAGGAAGGAAGUGUUGUCUUCGGUCCAGGCUCGGUGGAGUGACGUCAGUGCACAGGACCGCUCUGAGAAGGCCCAGUCAGUGUCAGAGGAGAGUCUCCCAAAACCACGCCCUCGCCUGAAGCCCCUCCCACAGCGCAGAGCUGUGUCUGUGCACGAGGAUGCCCUGGCUAUGACACAAGAGCUGAAGGCAGUCUUACAAAGGUCACCCAUCCGUUUCCAGGGCAACAGAUGGGACUUUCCUUCCUGCAAUGAGGCUGAAGCACAAACAAGUGAUGCUGGUGACUCAGGAAAACGGUGGCAUAAAGAAAAGGACACCGGCAAAAUGGAGGAACUGAAAGUAAAAGGAGGAAGAAUGGGCUUCAGCAAUCUGUCAGCUGAAAACAAGCAUCCACUUCAAAUAAAAGAAGAUGGAUCCCAAUCACACUGUCCAUCUUCUAAAGCUAAUGCUGACAGGACUGGUGCUGUUGCACCCAGAACCAGUCCGAAGGCUCCAUCCACCUCAGAGAGACUUCCAGAUCUGGCCCAAACAGCUGGAAAGUCACCUGUGACCCUUGCACCCUGGGGACAGAGCCCCUGCACAGUUUCCCCAUCCCUGCAGGAAAAGAUCCCAAGCACAACCUUAGCUCCAACUAAAUCCACAGAAACUCUCCAGGUGAUUUCCCGGGUCCACGAGAACCAGUCAGCAGCAGCAGCCGAACAGAGACACGGCUCACCGGACCGGCCUGAACCGCACACACAGCUGAGCGAGCUGGCAGAACCCAGAACUGAGACCCCUUCUUCAGAGUGAUGCCCGCAAACACGCCAUGCUGUUACAGCACCAAAAUCAGGAAGAGUGUGUGUGUGUGUGUGUGUGUGUGUGUGUGUGUGUGUGUGUGUGUGUGUGUGUGUGUGUGUUAUCCUUUUAUUCAGUUAUACCACCACCACUCAUACAGAGCAAUAUGCAACAAAACCCAACCUGGAUCUCUGUGCGGCGCUGCUGUUAAGAAUCAUUCUGUGUGUUUCACCGGACGUGUUUGGCACGUGUCUUGUCUCGGAUAUUCUUCACACGUGGAGCAUCUUGUUCUGAAGAUUAAAACAAGGUUUGGGAGUCAAAGACAAGCUUGCUGACCAGAAAAGACUGAUUGUUGCUGAUUGGGUUAUUUUUAAACUUUAUUUGAUUUUUUUUCUUAAACUUCUAGAGCUAGUAGAAAAAACUGAAUCGGUCUUCAUCAGACACGUGACCUGCAUGUCAACCACACCCCCUCAGCGCCAUUUUAGGUGUAUGACUCAUGUUGCUGGGGGAAGCCGCAGCCGAAGUUGACGCAGAACCAGAGUCAAAAGGAUGGAUAAAAGGACAAGGACGCACACAUCUCUUACACGGAGGCUAGGGAUCUGUGUUUCUAGAAAUUGUUUACAGUCAACAUCGCAGAUCUCUACGACCUCAAAGGAAACAAAUGGAGCUCAGACGUUUCGUUACUGCAGAAAAUAAAUCACUUGUGUAAACGCAGCCCUGCUUCAGCUGAUUUAUAAUCAAGUAAAAGUAAAAAGUAGCCGUCUGGAUGCGUGACUCCACUAACGCGCUGUGCCAGGUCUUAUUUUCUGGAUGGGCCUUAAUUAAACAAGUUAUUAUCAACAUAAGUUACAAGCAGGUACGAAACAAUACCUCCAACAGAGGUUAGCUAGACAUGCUUGUUUUCAUGUUGACCCACAGUUAAAAAAACGGUCAUGUUCAUUUCCUCCCAUCAUUUUCAUUUCUCACAUAAUAAUAAAUAAAAAUUCACAUUUUAA